AUGGCUCCCACAAUGAAGGCGAUAGUGAUUCACCACCCAGGGGGCCCAGAGACGCUUCGGAUUGAACACAUUCCUAUUCCCACGCCUCGUAUUGGCCAGGUACUUAUCCGAGUCAAAGCAUUCGGGCUCAAUCGAUCCGAGGUGUUUACACGAAAAGGGCACUCGCCGGGUGUGAGGUUUCCGCGGGUGCUCGGGAUCGAAGCAGCAGGCAUAGUCGUCUCGGCUCCCGGUGGCGAAUUUCCAGGAGGCACUGUGGUCCUGACAGCGAUGGGCGGGAUGGGAAGAGCAUUCGACGGAGGUUACGCCGAGUAUACCCUUGUUCCUGCCGUUCAAGUUCAGGCCAUCACCACAGAACCCUUACCAUCAUGGGAAGUUCUGGGUGCAAUGCCGGAGAUGUUGCAAACUGCCUGGGGUUCGCUCUUCAAAUCCCUCCGCCUGCAACCAGCUGAUCGGUUACUCAUCCGUGGUGGCACUACUUCUAUCGGACUGGCGGCCGCAGUGAUUGCCAAAUCGCACGGUGCCUUUGUCGCCGCGACCAGUCGAAGAUCCGAUCGGGAAAGACUCUUACGUGAUAAUGGAGCGGACGAAACAUUUGUCGACGACGGAAUGCUUUCGAAGAAAGUCAGGGACCCAUUCGAUAAAGUCCUUGAACUUAUUGGCACUGAGACGCUACAGGACUCCCUACACUGUGCUAAGGAAGGGGGCCUUGUGUGCAUGACUGGUAUCGUGGGGAAUAGGUGGACGUUGGAAAAUGUCAAUCCGAUGGAGUAUAUUCCUACGGCGGUUAACCUGACUACCUAUUCAGGUGGCUAUGAGGACUUUAUGCGAGCGCCGUUGAAUGAGAUGGCCAAGAAGAUUACGACGAGCGAGCUGCAUGUUCAGAUAGGUAGGGUUUUUAAGAUGGAUGAAAUUGUCGAAGCCCAUCAGACUAUGGAGGAAAACAAGGCGGAUGGGAAAAUCGUCAUGUUAACAUAA